CCAGAAGGCAAUAGUAGAAUUCAUGAAACCACAGUAGUUGUAACCAUUCAUUGUUAUUAUUAUUAUAGAGAGAUAACACACACCAAACAAAAAGACACACCAAUUAACACAUAUUGAAGAACAAGAAGAAGACCCUUUAGCCAUUGUUCAGUUUCAGCUUUCAUAUUCAGGUGCCAAGAGUUGCAAACUUAGGAAUUUUGUUGUAAAAGUGGAGGCAUUAAAUCAAUUUUGGAUAAUAUUUCAUUGGUGGAGUUGAAAAUUUGGAACAGAUAUGGGGGGUGAAAGUGAGGGAGCUAACAUUGAUAUGAUGCGUAGACUGCAAUCAUCAUUUGGGACAUCAUCUUCUUCCCUACCAAAACACCAACCUAUAUCGACAAACCAACUUGACAUACCACAAUUGUCUACUUCCCAUUUCCAUGGUCAAAUGCAGCAGUUUUCUCCGAAUUAUGGUGUUGAAAAUAGUACCAAAAGGGUUGGUUUAUCGCCUUCUCAUCAUCCGCAAAUGCCCCCUAUUUCACCAUAUUCUCAUAUCCCAGUAAGCAGGCCGACGAGUCAGCAACUAGGUGUGCAAAGUUUUACUACUCAAGGGCAAGGGCCCUCACAUUCACGAUCUUUAUCGCAACCAGCGUUUUUCUCACUUGAUUCCUUGCCACCCUUAAGCCCUUCACCAUAUAAGGAUUCUCCCUCGCCGUUCAUGUCUGACCCUGUAGCGGCUAAUUCAUCAAAGGUAGGAGAGAGUCUUCCUCCUCGUAAGGCUCAUAGAAGGUCUAACAGUGAUAUCCCGUUUGGCUUUUCUACUAUUAUGCAGUCCUCACCGCCACUUAUUCCAUCAAGGAGUCCUGGCGCUAGUGGUAAACCAGCGCAGUUGGUUAAACGUGAAGGUUUUUGGGAUAAUACCAAUGCUGAGGGAAUGGGUGAAAGAAAAUCUGAAGGAGAAGUUGUGGAUGACUUGUUUUCCGCGUAUAUGAAUUUGGACAAUAUUGAGUCGUUGAACUCCUCAGGUAUGGAUGAUAAGCAGGGUAAUGAGAACAGUGAUAGUAGAGCCAGCGGUACAAAGACAAAUGGAUGUGAUAGCAGUGACAAUGAAGCAACAAGCAGUGUGAAUGACAGUGGCAGCAGUAUGGGGAUCAAAAGGCGUGCUGGAGGAGAUAUUGCUCCAACUGUCAGACACUACAGGAGUGUUUCGAUGGAUAGUUUUAUGGGGAAGUUAAACUUUGGUGAUGAGUCGCCAAAGUUGCCUCCGUCAUCUGGACCACAACUCUCGCCCACAAAUUCACUUGAUGCGAAUUCAGAUGGUUUCAGUUUGGAGUUUGGGAAUGGCGAAUUCAAUGGAGUUGAAUUGAAGAAAAUUAUGGCAAACGAGAAACUUGCAGAGAUAGCCUUAGCAGAUCCGAAACGUGCCAAAAGGAUUUUGGCCAACCGUCAGUCUGCUGCUCGUUCGAAAGAGCGAAAGAUGAGAUACAUUGCGGAGUUGGAAAACAAGGUACAAACCUUACAGACUGAAGCCACCACAUUGUCUGCUCAACUCACUCUGUUGCAGAGGGAUUCUUCUGGGCUCACAAGCCAAAAUCACGAGCUAAAGUUCCGGCUGCAAUCCAUGGAGCAACAGGCUCAACUCCGUGAUGCUCUAAAUGAAGCAUUAACCAGUGAAGUUCAACGUCUGAAGCUUGCUAAUGCUGAUUUAAAUGGAGAUGCUGCAAAGUUUCAGCAGCUUUCACUCAAUCCCCAGAUGUUCCAGUUGCAGCGACAGCAGAACAACAAUGCAUCUGCAAAACACGAAUCGAAGUAGUUUGAAAUGUCUGUUUCUCAUUAUAUUUUGUUAGUUUCCAUGAUAGUCGAUAACGAUUAGUUUCAUUGAGCAUAAUUCAUUCAUUAGUUCUCCAUUCACAAGAAAGAACAACUUAAGGUGUGGUUGGUAUUUAUCAAGCAUGCAUGUUUAUUUGAGUUCCUGGUCGUCAUAUAGAAGCUUUUGAUGUAACACUUUUUGUUCUUUGAGCAAGGAGGAUACUGAUUCAUGAUUAUAUGAAGUUAUUGUCACGGUAUUCGCAAAA